AAAUUUUUAUAGAAGAAAUAAGUAAAAUUUUCUUCUGAAAAAUUACUUUUACCGAAUCAAGUACGACUAUUUAUAGUCCCCACAGUUCAUUCUUUGAGCUAGUUUAUCCUUCCAAAAUUUCCACAUCACAUAUUUUUUAUGAAACCAUAUAGUAUUCAAUUUCUUCCGCCACCCGCUUUCUAGAUUUUAUUAAAAAAAUUUCCCCUAAUCUUAACCUAAUUUCGAUUUAAUCCCAUGGCUUCAACCCAAAACAAAGAUUUUCGGGGCGAUUACAAGGAAAAUCAACCCGAUUCCGACCGCGAUUACCAUAAUCUGAACUCCUUUCCGCGGCCGCAGGUGACGGCGGCGCAGCCACUCCGCGUGGUCAUGAAGGAAGAGCAGCCGGAUACGGCGGACGAGAAGCCGGCUCCGCCGCCGCUGGUAGUAUCGCAGCCACCGGUGAAGAGAUCGUCGACGAAAGACCGCCACACGAAAGUCGAGGGGCGCGGCCGCAGAAUCCGAAUACCGGCGACGUGCGCCGCCAGAGUCUUCCAGCUCACGCGAGAGCUCGGCCACAAGUCCGACGGCGAAACCAUCCGUUGGUUGCUCGAGAAGGCCGAGCCGGCAAUCAUCGCCGCCACCGGCACUGGAACCGUCCCCGCCAUUGCCAUGUCAGUCAACGGCACGCUGAAAAUCCCCACCACCACCACCCCUACCACCACCACCUCCUCCUCCGCAGCCGCCGCCGACGAUCGUAAACGCAAGCGUCCGUCUAACAGCGAGUUCAUCGACGUGAACAGCUUCAGCUGCUCGCCGGGGAACUCGUCCGCCGCGACCACCACCACCGCCACCGCCUCCGCCUCCGCUGCCACCAAUAAUUUCGCGAUUACAAAUGCUAAUAAUUACGCAAUUAUUUCGAGCAACAACGCGUCAAUCUCAGCCCCACUCAUGUCAGUGAUACCAAUUCCUGCCGUGUGGGCAAUCCCUACGGUUACAUCAACGUCGAAUUCGCAGUCUCCGACGUUUCUCAUCAUCCCGCCGAAUCAAACGACGCAGGUCGUAGCCAUCCAACCGGGCGCCGCCGCGAUGAACAUGACGCCGGUAGUCAACUUUUCCGCCGCAGCGAGGCCGAUCUCCGCAUUCGUCACCGCCAUGCAACCCUCAACCACCGCCGAGCCACGCGUGGCACAAAUCAUGCAGGCCGCCGCCGAUUUCCGCCCCAAACCUAAUCUACCGAGCUCGAGCAACAGCUCCGCUGCGGCGAAGAAGUCUCAGAUGCUGAGAGAUAUUUCAUGGGAGAUUCACGACAAAGAGUUCCCAUCCGCAGCUAAAAAUUCACGAAUUUAGAUCUCACCAAAAAUCUCUUCAACAACGAACUAUUGAGGGCAUAGCUCGGCGGCGGUGGCGGUGGCGGAGGAGGAGGAGAGCUGCGCACGUGCGACGGCGGCAGCGCUCCCAGCUUCAAUUGGGAGAAAUUUUGUUGCGCCGGGGCCCACGGGUGUGGGGCACGUGGUGGACCCCAGGGGGGAGGGAGGCGGCCGCCGUGGUGGUCCCGGAUCUUGGGCUAGGUUUAAACAGAGAAAAAGUAGGGUGGUGGGCUCCGUUAGACGUGGCCGUUAAUGGGCUUCUGAAUUUGGUGGGCCUUCUAUUAUUAUUUGACGUGUUGGGUGGUCCAUUUUCCGUGUUUUAAUUUUAAAUUAUUAAUCUAGAUGGUUAGGGGUGAUAAUUUUGUAAUUAUAUAUCAGCUUUGAAGGAUUGAUUUUAAUUUUCAUUAAUUCACGUGGCCUUUAUUUAGGUA